UAUCUCUGUGCAUUUUUAUGCAAUCCGAAAUGUGUUGUUUCCCGACUAGUUUUUAAACCAUGUGUCUUUAUCGGAUUAGAAGAAAAUGUAGUCAAUGUAGGUACUUACUCUUGUAGUCCAUCAUCUCAUCAUAAGUUGAAAACUACCAAAAAAAAAAAAAAAACGGCGAAGAAUUCAAUAUUUCGAUAUUCAAUGUCUUCCAAAAGGACUUGUGUACUGUUGGCUGUGGGCUUUCUGUUUAUAUUUGGUCCCUGUGUAAAUGGGUUAUCAUGUUAUUGUGACAUAUGCUCUGAUUCAAACUAUACUUGUGUUACCGAUGGAUAUUGUUUCACAAGUAUAUCUAAAGAUACAAGUGUUAUUCGCCAUUCAUCUCGGUGUUUGGAGAAUAACAUAGUGAUCCCACGAGAAAAACCUUUGAUAUGUCAUUACCCUAAAAAACAUAAUGAUUCAUUUGUAACCGAAUGUUGUAAAGACUAUGACUUUUGUAACAGAGAUCUUAAGCCGACACUACAUAUUAAGCUUCCAGAUGAUUCGUUGAAUGACCCUAAGAAGGAGAGAUUGGGUACAUGGGAACUAGCAAUUAUAAUAGCUGGUCCAAUAGGUGUCGUAUGCCUUGUAGUCAUGCUCAUUAUGAAUUUUUGGGCUGGAUCGACAAAACGUCACAAUAUUAGAUAUCUACGAACUCCUCGAAUUAUUGCUGCUGAUCAACAGCCUAUUUUAACUGCAGCUGUUUCUUUAAGAGACAUGAUAGAAAUGACUACUAGUGGAUCAGGAUCAGGAUUACCACUUUUGGUUCAAAGAAGUAUUGCUCGCCAAAUCCAACUUGGUGUACCUAUUGGUAAAGGUCGUUUUGGUGAAGUAUGGCAAGGAAAAUGGCGAGGAGAACAAGUAGCUGUAAAAAUAUUUUCAUCUAGAGAGGAACGAUCAUGGUUUAGGGAAGCUGAGAUUUACCAAACAGUUAUGCUGAGACAUGAUAAUAUUUUAGGAUUUAUUGCUGCUGAUAAUAAAGAUAAUGGCACUUGGACUCAAUUAUGGUUAAUAACUGAUUAUCAUGAAAAUGGAUCAUUAUUUGAUUUUUUGAAUCGAAGUACUGUGGAUACAAAUGGAAUGAUUCGUAUAGCUCUAUCUAUAGCAACUGGUCUUGCUCAUUUACAUAUGGAAAUUGUUGGAACUCAAGGUAAGCCAGCUAUUGCACAUCGAGAUCUCAAAUCGAAAAACAUUUUAGUCAAAUCCAAUGGAACUUGUGCUAUUGGUGAUUUAGGACUUGCUGUACGUUAUGAUACUUCUAUGGAUACAGUUGAUAUACCAUUAAACCACAGAGUAGGCACUAAACGAUACAUGGCCCCAGAGGUUUUGGAAGAAACAAUCAAUAUGAAUCAUUUUGAUUCAUUUAAAAGGGGUGAUAUUUAUGCUUUGGGUUUAAUUCUAUGGGAAGUAACACGGAGAUGUUAUGUUGAUAAUAUACAUGAAGAAUAUCAAUUACCAUAUUAUGAUAGUGUACCGUCUGAUCCCACUAUUGAUGAAAUGCGUAAAGUUGUUUGUUUAGAAAUGAAACGACCACCUAUUCCACAGAGAUGGAAUGCAUACCCGUGUUUACAAACAAUGAGUAAAUUAAUGCAAGAAUGUUGGUACCAUACUGCGUCCGCUCGUCUUACAGCAUUACGUAUUAAAAAAACUCUAGCCACUUUGGGUGCCAUGCAAAGUCAUAAUAUUAAUAUUAAUAUUUAAGGACUUAAUGACCUCAUAAAAAGUAAACUUCUAGCUGCCAAUAGAUUAUCUACAAGCAUAAUGUUUAUAAUUUCUGGAUAUGUAAUUUAAGUUUCAUAGUUUUUGAAGUCUCCUAAAACACUGUAUGUGCCAUUUUAUUCUUCGAAAAUGUCAUGGUAAAGGAACUAUUUUAUAUUUAUUAACUAAUACGUACUUAUUAACCGUGUGUUUUUGUAAUCAUCAUACUUGGUUACCAUAACAAAACUUUUGAGUGUUGAAAAUUGUUUUAUUUUAUUAAU